CUGUAUGCAGCUGGGGAACAAAACUGCCAGCUGUCUGGAAUGAAGCUAAACUACAGGAAGUGUUGCAGAAAAUGAAACUAUUAUCAACUAUCCUUCAGCAACAAGUAUAGCAUACUGCAGCACAGAAGAGUUCUGACCAGUUCAUUUCUAAGGGAAGGUACCAUUUGACAGAGCAGACCCAACAGACAGGUCCGAGCACAUUUCUCUUCAGUUCAAGGUACAUCACACUGCUAACAAUGUUUCACAGAGAAACCAAAUUCCUGGCAAAACAGCUGGAUUCAAGUGGAAAACUGAUCCCAGUUUACAGCAUUAAUGACCAAGAACACUUCAAGCCCCUAUGUCUUGUACAAGGAAAAGAAAAAGCUUUUUUCUGGGAAAGCCAACGCUAUUACAGAACAGAGUUUAAAAUCAGUGAUGUGCUUGUUCCAGGACACUACAAUAAAAAUCUAGAUGUUCAGGAUGCAGGAUCAGUUGGAGUCAAGCACACUGUUGAUGGCAGUGUUGAAGGGAAUAUUAACUUUGAGAACGUGGAAGUGAAAGGACUUGCCAAGAUGUCCCAAGAGAGGUCCAUCAACAUGAAAAAAACCUUUGUCUCUGUACAAGUCCUUGAAUCGCUAAAACAAGAAAGGAAAAUCAAUAUGGAGCACCCAUUCAUUACACAAUUAAAGAACCAGAGACGGAACCUAUAUGUUAUCCAUGAGGCUGUACAUGCUUCGGAGGAGACCACAUUUAAAGACUCCAACAGACUAGAAGGGAGCAUAAUAGCCCAGAUCUAUGUCAAGCUUCACGGGGCCAGGAACAGCAAAAGAGACUUAACUAUUCCCAAGGACUGUGUCCUGGCUUUCAGGGUUAUGCCGCUGAUUAUUGAAGAUGGAUCAUGGAACCCAGUCUAUGUGCCAACAAAGAAAACAAAAACAUUUGCUACUGAUGGUGUCUCAGAAGAAGAUACAGGAGACCUGCAGAAGGAAGUUGAGGAGAAAUGUAAAGUGCUUACAGCACUGUCUGCAGAUCUGAGUGCCAAGUUUUUUAACUGCAUCAAAACUGUGAUAAAAAACAUCGACUUAUUGCAAGAACUGGUGCUUGAGCUGGAAUGGGCUCUUGACAAUCCUGAUGCAUAUCAGGUGAAAACAGAGAAUCCAGACUUGAAAGACCUGUUACAGUGUUUACCGGGUACUGAGACAGACUUAUUCCUUGACCUUGCUGGGGCAAUUCUCUAUGUUGCUCAUGCCCUAGAUGAAUUAACAGAGGAUCAAUUGCUGUUCGUGUAUGAGUCCAUGGAAAGAAAGAUUCUGCCCCCACAGCUUGAGCUGGUCAAGAAUAUCUUGAAGCAAGAUUUCCACCAAAACAAUGGAGCUUUCCGUUUGGAUGCCAAGCUGUUGUCAUCCCUGAAGGAGGAACAACUGAACAUAACCAAAGCAAUGACUGGGAUCAGUGGUGUGAUGUUCCAGAUAGAUGGACCUUUUCUCAAUGGGACUGGGAACCCAGAUGAUUCUUCAGCCUUAACUGCAUUGUAUGCAGUUUUGUGCAUCUUACAUCUUCUGACUAAAUCACAAUAGAUGUAAAUCUUUACAUUCUAUUAGGAUGCAUGUACAUGGAAGAAUUGUGAAAGCAUAUCCUGAGGCUGAUUAUAGGAAGGGAGCAUUUCUCUAAAUUCUGCUGGCUGCUAAAUCUGUUCUAUAGCAGUAUCAAUACUCUCACCAUCAUACUGCUGAGCAUUAAUUUUAGCUUUCUUUUUAUAUACUUUUAAAUAUAGAGAAUCAAUAUAAUCAGCAACACAUGGCAGCCUCUUCCAAACUGCCCUUUGCCAGCAAGUACUCUAUGCUUAAGUCAGACAUGGUGUUGAAUACUGUUUUACCAGCUAUGAACAAUACUACCUUUUCCUCCAUAUUGCACUUUGUCUCAAAGUGAAUAUCUUUGUAUGUAUUCUUAUUUUAUAUUUCACAUUCUCUUCCUCCACCGCCACCCCUAUGUACCACAAUAUUUUUUUUUUCUGUAGAUCAAAUGUA